AUGCACGCCUCGAUUUACCUGAUCCUCGCGAGUUUGUUAUUGCACACGUGCACGUGCUCCAGUAGCGAAACUUGCCCGGCUAACCGGGACAGCUCGUGCGACAACAGUUCCGAUACCGAUAUCUACUCAAAAGCGGCGAACGAAAGAUACGCCAAACUAUUGGCAACGAUCGAAGCUGCCGAGGCCAAUUACGUCGAGUGCGAGGGAAAAAAGUGCAACUGCUUCGCCGAAGUGAUAACGAGGGACUUGAAAAUUUUCGCCGGGGGAAUCGAGCGCAAGUUAAUCGAAGCCGCGAGGCCCAGAGGCACCUUUUACCAGAUAAUCAACGGGGAACUGUACAGAGAGAAAAACUGCAUGUUCCCGUCGCGAUGCGCCGGCGUCGAGCACUUCCUUUCCAAGUUGUCGGCCAACACCUCCGACGUAAGCCUGGUGAUCAACGUGCGCGACUACCCUCAGUCGAGCAAACACUUUGGCGAGCCCCUACCCGUAUUUUCGUUCAGCAAGACGCCCCAGUAUUACGACAUAAUGUACCCAGCUUGGGCCUUUUGGGAGGGAGGCCCGGCCAUUUCCCUGUAUCCUCGUGGCCUCGGUAGAUGGGACCUGCAUCGGAAGUCACUGAAAGAAGCCGGCGAGAGGGUGCCUUGGGAGGAUAAGGAGACCAGGGCGUUUUUUCGGGGCUCGAGAACCAGUUCCGAGAGGGACAAUCUCGUGCUGCUGAGUCGCGACAAGCCGCACCUCGUCGAUGCUCAGUACACGAAAAAUCAAGCUUGGAAGUCGGAGAAGGACACGUUGCACAUGCCACCGGCUGUGGAGGCGUCACUCGAGUCCCACUGCUCGUACAAGUACCUCUUCAAUUAUCGAGGCGUCGCGGCCUCGUUCAGACACAAGCACUUGUUCCUCUGCGGCUCCCUCGUCUUCCACGUUGGCGAUGAAUGGACAGAAUUUUAUUACGACGCCAUGAAGCCUUGGAUCCAUUACGUGCCCGUGCCCAGAGACGCCUCCCAACAACAGAUCGAGGAACUAAUACAAUUUGCAAAAGACAACGACGCAAUUGCUAAGAGAAUCGCGGAAAGAGGACGCGAUUUCGUUUGGAGGAGACUUAAAUUGUCGGAUGUGACAUGUUUUUGGAAAAAGCUCGUUCGCCGGUACUCCAAGUUGUUCAAGUACAAGCCAGCACUGGAAGAGAAUUUGAUCAAAAUUUCAAACAGCUGA